UCUCUCAUUUCUUUAUUCUGCUUCAUUGAUACUGCAACCUAUACCCACUCUUUCCAUUUACAACCCUUAAUAAUAAUAAAAAAGAAGCCAUGGCUGUCGAUUUGUCGUCACGCAUUGUACAAUUUAAUUCGGUUCAGGAAGAACUUGAAUACUACCGUUCCCAUGCGGAGAAUCUCGAAGGAACGCUUCAGGAAACCAGGGCCGCCCUGGACGAGUUUCAGGUGUCUUCACGUGAACUUGAGGAAGAACUUGAGAAGGAACUACAAACUACGGAAAAGGCUUACAAGGACCUGAAAUCCCGGUGCGAGCAUUACAAGUUCGAAGCAGACGAAUGGAAGUCCAAGUAUACAAACGCGAAACAUGAACAGAAUACGGCGACGCUUCAGAUGCAGCGUGAAAUCGAUAUCUUGAGAAGAACAGAAGAGAUGUUUCGACGCAAGAUUCUGGAAUUGGAGCUUGAUAAUGAUGAUCUAGAGCGUACAGAGAGAGCGGCCACAUCUUCACUGUCUGAUCUAGAAGUCAAAUUGAACAAAGCCAUCGAGCGCAAUGUUAUCCUUGAAAACGAGAUUGCUAUCAAGGAUAACUUGACCGAACAAACCCAACGUUUGAGGGAUGAAUUGAAUGAUGUCAAUCACGAACUAUCCGUUUCACGACAACGAUCCACGAAGCAGGCCGAAACGAUUCAAGAUUUGGAAAGCAAGCUAGACUCAUCUGAACGAUCGUGUAAAGACUUGCAGCGACAACUUGAUCGUCAUCAACAAAAUGGAUCGCCGUCUCGAUCCAGCACACCAGAUCGACUGGGAAGCAUGCAAUAUGAUCCGACGUAUGGGCGCCGAACACGUAUACCCAGAACAAAUAGUAUUGGCGGCAAUAUGAACGGUGUCAAUAGCGCAUCUAACCCGGUUAAGAUGGUGCAAGAAAUGGUGGGCCGUGUCAGGAACCUGGAAGCACGAUUGCAAUCCUGCCGAUCCUUGGUCACGCCGCUCCUUAAUCCACCACCCUCUUAUAGCUCUACGAUCCCCGCGGGUAGCCGUCCAUCAUCACCCACAUCGAGCAUACGGUCGGGUAGCCCAAUGCAAUUCUCUAAUAUUAAGGCACGACGACCAUCCGAAUACAUGCGAACUAGCGAAGAUGGUGACUCUGAGAACUGAAGUUUAACAAUAAAGUGACUUUAUCGCAUUCUGUCUAUUCUUGUGUUCGCAAGUCAUGGGUUAAAAGCUAGAAAUUUGACCAGUUACAACUAGAUGACUCGCAAAACGAAAACUUUGUAAUCCAUCGCUCAGCGCAUUAUUAUACUUGAGAAAAAUAUAAACAAUUGAAAAUAAAAAUUUAAAAAGGUAUCGUUAUUA